CAGGCCUCAAUUUUCGCGAAGUAGACGACAAAGAAAUCGCCAACUCAACGCACAACUCGAUAGAUUGACCAAGUUCGAGGGCACAAUCAUGAGCCGCUCACUCCUCCGCUCCGUCCUGGAGAUGCGGACGCCCCUGACGCGUCUCCCACCAUCAUUCCUACUGCCUAUCCAGGCAACGCGCUCUCUUUCCACGACGCAGCAGCACAUCGAUCCCGUCCCGGCACCAGCUCCCACUCCAGCUGCAUCUUCUCCAGCUCCUGUGUCUACAACUCCAGCGGUAGCAGAACCCCCAAAGAAGCACGAAAGAUUCUACCCCUCCGACAACGGCAUCCUCUACCCCAAACAACCCCAAAACCCGCCCAAGCCAUCGCCGGAAGCCGCCCACUCCCUGAGCCAGCUGCUACCGCUCCUGCGCGCCCAGCCCGCGCACUACAUCACAGCGCACAUCCACGGACAACCGUACCUCGUGACUCCAGGGGACCAGAUCCGGCUGCCGUUCAAGAUGCCUGGUGUGCAGCCGGGGGACGUAUUGCGGCUGGACCGGGCCUCGGUGCUGGGGUCGCGCGACUACACGCUCAAGGGGACACCGUACAUUGACGAGCGCCUGUUCGAGUGCCGCGCCACCGUCACCGGUACCGAGAGCGAGCCCUUGCGCAUCAAGGUCAAGACAAAGCGGAGGCAGAGGAGGAACAGGACGGUUAGGAGCAAGCAUCGGUAUACCAUGCUUCGUAUCAGCGAGUUGAAGAUUCAUGGUGCGGAGGCUAUUGGGUUGUAGAGGGUAGUUGGUGGAGGUGGAGCGUUGAGCUUUUGGAGACGGGUUUGUUUGACGGAUAGAUGGGUGGGUGGAGAGUGCAAGCACCGUAUCUGUGAUAUGCGGCCUCUUCUAAAAAGGGGCUGCUUUGUAGACUAUACGUAAACGAUGGGUUGGGCUGAACGAAGAACUGAACGAACAGCUAACCAGGCAGCCAUUCAAUGGGCAAGCAAAACUGUAUAAGACCACCAAACUCAUACUACACGAAUGACCCUUCAUGACCUGUGGCAUGUGUAAUGAAUGAAUCGCAUUGUUCAUUAGAAAAUCGAUUUCAAACGUCGCUAAACC